CAAUCUUUUCACUCGCUUUCGCACUCACUUCGUCUUCUCUCCGUUAAAAACCGCUUUUUUUCUUCGAUUUCCUUCUUCGCUGGCUUCUCUUCUUCUCCGCCAUGAACGAGUCCUCGAAGCUUGCUCAGGGCUCGUCCAUCAUUUUCGAUCUGAGAGCGCUCUUCUCUCUUCUGAGGGCUCGGAGGACGAAGGUCUUCCUCUAUGGCUUUGCCGUCGCCUUCGCCGCUUUUACUGCCUACUUGGCCUUCUGUCCCGCCGAGAAGGGCUCGCCUUGGUUCAACGACAUCUUCAGCUCCGCUUCCGCGUCCACCGCCGCCUACCGAUCGCAAAUCUCUUCGCUUGUGUCCUCCUACAUCUUCCCUAACUCCUCUUCUCCGAGAAAUCCGGCGCCUCUAUCGGAGGUUGACGGCGGCGGCGGGUCGCAGGGAGGCGGCGCCUCGGAGAGUAAUUUGACCAGUAACGGCAACGGCGGCGGAGCAGGGGACCAAAAAAGUGGGGUCUUGGUGAAGAAGAACGAGACGGCGGCGGAGGGCGUCAAAGAAGAUAGCGGCGGAUCGAGGGACCAAAAGAGUGGGGUCUUGGCGAAGAAGAACGAGACGACGGCUGGCGGCGGCGCUGCCGAGAAAGGAGGGAUCUUGGUGUCGAACAACCACACUUCUACUGGAAUUGAGCCGCAGGGAAGCGAUGUUACCAAUAACAAGACGACCAAUGGAGAUCCCAAGAAGAAGGAUCUUGCUGCCUCGACGAAACCCACAGCCCCGGCGACCAAGAAUCAAACAGCAAGUGGAUCGCAAUCCAAAAACAAAACCGCAUCUGGAGUUCUUCCGACAAAAAUCAGCGAUUCCCAAUCGGAAAACGCGACUAGGGCUACGGACACAUCGAAGAAAGAUUCUUCAUCUGCAACACCGAAAAAUCAGACUGCCAAAGCAACUGCUUCUGCCAAAAAUGGAAAUUCACCUAUCAAGAAUCAAGCCCCAAACGAAGUAGCUUCGCAAGAAACUCAAGUUCCCAAGAGUAGCAAGGAAUCCGCCAUUAAUCCUCAGAACAAUGCUUCCUCAGUUGCAAAGCUCGAUGAGAAAGGAAAACAGGUGGAUUGGAUCAGUUCCAUGAAAAGUUGUGAUCUUUUUCAAGGCAAAUGGGUGAAGGAUGAUUCCUACCCUCUCUACGCCGAGGGCUCCUGCCCACACAUCGACGAGCCUUUCGACUGCUACCACAAUGGCAGACCCGACCGAGCUUAUCAGAAACUCCGAUGGCAGCCUACAGGCUGCAAUAUCCCAAGAUUGAAUGGCACUGAUAUGUUGGAGAGAUUGAGAGGGAAGAGGCUCGUGUUCGUCGGCGAUUCGCUAAACCGAAACAUGUGGGAAUCCUUGGUUUGUGUCUUAAGGAACUCCAUUAAAGACAGAAGCAAGGUUUUCGAGGCCUCAGGAAGGCAUGAAUUCAGAACAGAGGGCUCUUAUUCAUUUGUCUUCAAGGAUUUCAAUUGCUCGGUGGAGUUCUUCCGCUCUCCGUUUCUUGUCCAAGAAUGGGAGAUGCCGAUUAGCAAUGGCACGAAGAAGGAGACUCUCCGGCUCGACAUUAUCGAGAGAUCGUCUUCUAGGUACAAAGAUGCGGAUGUUAUCGUCUUCAACACGGGGCAUUGGUGGACUCAUGAGAAGACCGCAAAAGGGAAAGACUACUACCAAGAAGGAGAUCAUAUUUACACUGAAUUGAAUGUGGUGGAAGCAUUCCACAAAGCUCUAAACACAUGGGCAAAAUGGGUGGAUGCAAAUGUGAAUCCCAAAAAGUCCCUAGUGUUCUUCAGGGGCUAUUCUUCCUCCCAUUUCAGGGGCGGGCAAUGGAAUUCAGGCGGGCAAUGCGACAAGGAGACAGAGCCCAUAAAGAAUGAGAAGUACCUCUCAUCCUAUCCAUCCAAGAUGACUGUGUUGGAAUCUGUCAUCAAGGGAAUGAAAACCCAUAUCGGGUAUCUGAACAUUACGAGGAUGACCGACUACCGGAAGGAUGCUCAUCCUUCGAUCUACCGGAAGCAGAACCUGACGGAUGAGGAAAGGCGAGAUCCUGAGAGAUUUCAGGAUUGCAGCCAUUGGUGCCUCCCUGGAGUUCCUGAUAACUGGAAUGAGCUACUCUAUGCACAGCUAAUUCUUAAACAACAGCAGCAGCAGCUUCUGUGAAGAACACGACAGUUCAACAACAAAGUGUAUAUUAAUAUUUGUCAUGUGGCGAAUAAGCAGCAAUCAAUGAAGGGUGGAAAUUGCAAUCACAUAGAGGAAAAAUUAAGGUCAAGAAAAAAGAAAUUAAUAUCAACUAUUAUUUAUUUUAUUGUAAGUGAGAGGAAAAUCAAGUUUUUUUUUUCCUGCAAAAAAGGAUUGUAGAAUACGAUAAGGUAUAUCAUCUAUGAAGUUCAGUUAAGAAUA